AUGAGUUAUUUUGGUAUCCAUCAUGAGCAGAGGCUCUCAACCUCCUCCAUUGUUACCAGAGCACCCCUCCCCCACUCUCAACCUCCUCCACUGUUACCAGAGCACCCCUCCCCUCCCCGCUCUCAACGUCCUCCACUGUUACCAGAGCACCCCUCUCCUCCCAGCUCUCAACGUCCUCCACUGUUACCAGAGCACCCCUCCCCUCCCCGCUCUCAACGUCCUCCACUGUUACCAGAGCACCCCUCCCCUCCCAGCUCUCAACCUCCUCCACUGUUACCAGAGCACCCCUCCCAUCCCCGCUCUCAACCUCCUCCACUGAUACCAGAGCACCCCUCCCCUCCCAGCUCUCAACGUCCUCCACUGUUACCAGAGCACCCCUCCCCUCCCCGCUCUCAACGUCCUCCACUGUUACCAGAGCACCCCUCCCCUUCCAGCUCUCAACCUCCUCCACUGUUACCAGAGCACCCCUCCCAUCCCCGCUCUCAACCUCCUCCACUGAUACCAGAGCACCCCUCCCCUCCCAGCUCUCAACCUCCUCCACUGUUACCAGAGCACCCCUCCCCUCCCAGCUCUCAACCUCCUCCACUGUUACCAGAGCACCCCUCCCCUCCCAGCUCUCAACCUCCUCCACUGUUACCAGAGCACCCCUCCCCUCCCAGCUCUCAACCUCCUCCACUGAUACCAGAGCACCCCUCCCCUCCCCGCUCUCAACCUCCUCCACUGUUACCAGAGCACCCCUCCCCUCCCCGCUCUCAACGUCCUCCACUGUUACCAGAGCACCCCUCCCCUCCCAGCUCUCAACCUCCUCCACUGUUACCAGAGCACCCCUCCCCUCCCAGCUCUCAACCUCCUCCACUGUUACCAGAGCACCCCUCCCCUCCCCGCUCUCAACGUCCUCCACUGUUACCAGAGCACCCCUCCCCUCCCAGCUCUCAACCUUCUCCACUGUUACCAGAGCACCCCUGCCAGCUCUCAACCUCCUCCACUGUUACCAGAGCACCCCUCUCCUCCCAGCUCUCAACCUCCUCCACUGUUACCAGAGCACCCCUCCCCUCCCAGCUCUCAACCUCCUCCACUGUUACCAGAGCACCCCUCCCCUCCCAGCUCUCAACCUCCUCCACUGUUACCAGAACACCCCUCCCAGCUCUCAACCUCCUCCACUGUUACCAGAGCACCCCUCCCCUCCCAGCUCUCAACCUCCUCCACUGUUACCAGAGCACCCCUCCCCUCCCAGCUCUCAACCUCCUCCACUGUUACCAGAACACCCCUCCCAGCUCUCAACCUCCUCCACUGUUACCAGAGCACCCCUCCCCUCCCCGCUCUCAACCUUGGCCUCGCCAUUUGAGUUACUCCCGCCCAUAA